GAAGCUGUUUUUUUUUUUUGACAAAACGAAACUGUCCCAAACUUUGACAGGGAGAGACUUCUCCAGCUCGUCUUUAAGUCGUUUAUAGAGGCAUUUUUGGGGGUGACAAAAAAAAUGCAGGGCAGUGCUUACGGGGCCUCGCUGGCUGGCGGGGCUUUUGAUUUGGUCAAUUUUUCAAAACAGCCUCAAACCAUUUUGCGGUGCCUGAGCUGGGUAUUCUCCAUCGUGGUCUUUGCGACCAUCACGGCAGAAGGCUACGUCAACCCGUUGAAGGAACAAGACACCAAAUGCAUGUUCAACAGCAAUGACAGCGCCUGCAGCUACGGGGUCGGGAUCGGAGUCCUGGCCUUCCUGGCUUGUGUCGUCUUCCUCAUACUGGACGCCUACUUCCCACAGAUCAGCAACGCCAAAGAGAGAAAAUGUAUUGUCAUAGGAGAUUUGGUGUUCUCAGGGGCUUGGACGUUCCUGUGGUUCAUCUGCUUCUGCGUCCUGGCCAACCAGUGGUCCAAAACCGCCGACGUGUCCGUGGUCGUCGGGGAUGCUGCCCGAGCCGUUGUGGCCUUCUCCUUCUUCUCCAUCGUCACUUGGGGUCUGUUGUGCUACUUUGCUUUCGGAAGGUACCGCGAAGGCGUCAACGACUUUGACCAGGAGUACAGAGACCCGGCCAACGACCACGGUACUCCGUACCCGCCCGCUCCGUACGCCGGCAGCAGCAGUGGCCCGACGGGCUACCAGCAGUCGCCUUACUCUCCCAACCAGGAGCAGCCGGGAGAGUACCAGCCUCCAGCUUAUUGAAGUCCGAACCGGGGGGGAGUUUGCCUUUUUUUACAUAAACGUGUGCCAACGAAUUCAUUUACAACUCUGCACUCCCAUUUACUUCCUGCAGAAACGCAUUUGCAUAUAUUUUGGCUGCACUGAUGUGCUCUUAGUUGUGUGGUGGCUGUUUUGCUGUGUUGUGCCACACCGAGCAGGUGAACUCUGGAAAUAUGUAUAUUUGUUUUGUGGUUAAGGAGAUUGUCAUGGUAAGAGAAAGGAUGAACGUGCCUUUGUAUCGAACCAACUGAAGUUAUUUUUACGCCCUUUUUUUGUUUAUCCUGAGUGCCAGCUGUUAAUAUCAAAGCACAAAUCAACAACAUGCAUUUGAAUAUGUUACUGUUAAGUACAUAAGUGUUUUUUUAUUACUGUCAGAUUCAUAUACGGCAGUUCAACAACAAUAAUUUAGUGAUACAGUUCGGUAAAUUCAUAUUUCUUUGACAAACCCAUGUUAUUUAAUCAGCGGGUGCAAUGACAAUGUGCUCUCUAUAACUACUGUAAUGUUCCUCUCAUAAUCAACCACUGAAAAUGGCUUUUAUGCACUUAAUUUCUUUACAUAUCUGAUCUAAGAUUGUUAAUUUAAUUUUUUUAAAUCAAUUCUGCCAGAGUUAGUAUUGGUAUUUAAGGGUGUUUUGUUUUUAUUUGAAGGUAGCCAAACCCAUUGAUUUGUAUCAGCUACCUCUGUAGAAGUUGAAUGUGCUUUCCUUGAGUUCACUCAGUUCUUUUUAAAGAUCUAAAUCAGCCAUCAUUUGGUUUCAGGACUUCAGGGAUGUUGUGGUAAAUUGAUAUAUUUAUUAUCUUUCUUAGUCCUCUAGUCCAGGUGCAUGACAAUCAACCCAUGUGUUCUACUUUACAUGCUCUUGCUUCUCUCACACUGUAGUUGUACCUUUUUGCACGUGUCGCAGUUUCACUGCUCGACGGCUUCACAAUGAUUUCCCCCUGUUUGCCUUUGUACAGUAUUCUGUAUCACACGGGGUUUGCCAAAUAAAAACAGUUUGAACUAAUUUUG